CAGCUUUGUGUACACACCAUGCAAGAAAGAGGACUUACUAGGAAAGGAACCUGUUGGAUGAGAUGUCUGAGACAUAACUAAUGAAUGACAGGACUUUAAACAACAGUUAAAGUGUUUCUCAGUCGUGGGAAGCUUCAUGUUUAUGACUGCUUGAUACUGUACGGUGAAUAUUCAGAGGACACUGCAUGUGACUGACAGGUAGAAUCACAAUGGAAUUUGCUUGUGGGUUUGUUUAUGUUCCACCACCACCGAGUCAGAAGGACAGCCAGCGAUCCAGUGCCAACAUCAUUAAACGCUCAGCUCUCCUUCCUCCUGUUAACCGCAUCCGUCCAAGCAAUCCUCCCCCUCCUCCCCCUCCUCCCCCAACAAAUUCUGCAAAAUCACCAAAAGCCAUCCCGUCUUCUCCUAAGAUCAUUGAACAGCUGGAGAAGAGCAGGGACGUGAAGAAGGUCGCGAAGUCCACUCGCUUUUACGAAAAUGCUGAAUUUCACAAUAAAUUGGGGGCAGCAUGUUCCGUCAACGCAACUCCUCAGAAAACGACGUCUUCUCGAAAAACAGCUCUUCUUCCACCACAUAUGAGACCUGCAGGAAAUAGCCAGUCCCCUUCCCAUAACCAGGCACUUACCCACAACACCAUUAGUCAGAUGUUUACCUACGACCUGCCAAAAGAUGAGGUAGAUUUAAAUGCCAAAGCCUACGACCCGAACUACUCCUACAACACACCAGAAGGCAAUGGGGGACAGGUGAAUCUGCCAGCUGAUAUUGGCACGUUGCCAACUACAGCUCCAGCUCUUCCUCCAAGACCUUCAUUUAUGAGAUCACUGCCAGAGUACCUGGUACUGAUACCUUCAUCAGCAUCUUCUCCUUCCUCCUCACAGAAAUCUUCUUCAACUCCACCACUUGCUCAAUCACCUACUGGAUCUGACGAUAAGGGGCCUCUGUCUGGAAAUCCUAAUGUGGUCCUCAUCAGCUUAGGAAAAUUACUCUCAGAGGAAAGAGUGCAACACAUACAAGGGGAACCCACCUACUGCUCCCAGUGUGGCUCUGUGCUGGACACCUGCUAUGACAAUGUGGUUAAUGAGUGUUACUUCUGUCAGUCCUCGGAUUCGAGCAGCUCUCCCAGUACAUCACAGAGCUCCCUAAAUGGUUACCAGGAGGGCCUCUUUUUCCUCAACCCUAAUGAAAAGCCCAUGUGUGGAGGUGAUGCUCUGCUGCUCUUCUGCAUCGACAUCUCAGGCUCCAUGAGCAUCACCUCCCAGGUGAUGGACGGAGAGCAUAUUGUUCACAAAUCCCGUCUCCAGUUUGUCCAGGAAGCUGUGCUACAGAGUGUCCAGAGACUAAGUGAACAACAAUCUGACACACGAGUGGGGAUCAUCACCUUCAACCAUCAGGUGACAAUGCAUGGAAAUGAGGAAGUCUCCUCACAGUGUCUGAGCGGCGCUGAGUUGAUGGACAGCAACUACCUGAAAGAGGCUGCAGCCAGUUUCCCUAGUCCACUUCCACUUUCACAGACCAAGAACUACUUACACAGACAAGUUAUGGGAUUAUCUGCAAGUGGAACCACAGCUCUGGGUCCAACUGCUCUCCUCGCAAUUGCAACUGCCUCCAGAGAGCCGGGCUCAAAGGUAAUUAUCUGUACAGAUGGGAAGGCCAACACAGAGUUGGGGAAUCUAGAAGUGGAGGAUAAUGAUGCUCGCACCCUCCUGUCAUCCACCAUCUUCUACCAGGACCUGGGGGAGUAUGCUGCUAAUCAGGGUGUGACAGUGUCUGUGCUGUCCAUAGAAGGAACAGACUGCAGGCUGGAUGAGCUGGGAAGACUCGCUGAUCGAACGGGUGGAAAAGUGGUGAUUUCCAGUCCCAACAGGUUGCACCCAGAGUUUGAACAGAUUAUUGAAAACAGGACCAUAGCUACGCACUGUACUGUAGCCCUACUGCUGCCCAAAUCACUGCGAAUGAGAGGAGAGAGGGAGGCGGGACACAAAGGCACCAGAGAGGUGGGGAACGUGAACCCAUAUACAGAGCUCACCCUCCAGUUUGCAGCCAAUGAACAAGACUCAGAAGUGCCUGCACCAACUUCUGGCAGCCGUGUGUCUGUCCAGCUGCAGAUCAGGUACAGACAGAGGAACGGACAGAGGAUGCUCAGAGUGUUAACCACAGACCGAGGUGUUACUGAUGACAGCUCGACGGUCCUGUCCUCUCUGUCUCUGGCCAUCAUUCAGCUCAACUCGUCACAGGCCAGCGCCGCUCUGGCAAUCAGAGGCCGCUUUCUCGACGCCAGAGAGGAAGGAGAGCUGCAGAGGAAGCUUAUUGAGAGAGCAAUAGAGCAUAAUCGCAGUGCAGAGGACAAACAAAUAUACCAAGAUUGGGUAAAAACCAUGGAGCCGAUAUACAACAACAUACAUAACUUCACAAGGAGAAAAUCAGUUAUUUCAGACUCACAGUCUCUAACAGAUGCCGGUGCAGCACUGCUCUACAGCAUGAAGCACAGCAAUAGAAAAUCCAUCUCGCUGAAGAAUAAACAGAAACUCUAGCCAACAGUCUCCCUCCACCUUUCACCUCGCUGGAAGCAGCUCAAGUCAUAAAUGUCGAUGCUUAACGGUGCAGUUAGACCCUGAUUAUCUGGCUGAAUUAAUAUCAUUCAAAUAUUUCACAAUGUAAAUAUUUUAUGAAAGUAAAUUGCACAACUCUUUUCUCA